UUCACUAUCCAUUUUUCAGACACUUGGUGCAGUCAGUCCCUCUCUAUAGCUGGCACUCCACUUGUCUAAAGCUAAGGACUGACUGGUCACUCCGGCAACUGUCCCUCAUAAACACGAAUACUCCUCCUUCUCUCUUCAAAGUUGGAUCAAUCGACCACCAUUUCUCUGAAGCAUCAUGCAUUCUCCAUUUCUCUUCAAUUGAAUAAACUUCACGAAUUCUUUUCAACUCCUUCUGUUUCUCUUCUUAGCUAAUUAUGUCAUUAUCCCCCUCUCUCUCUUAAUUGGACAAUGCUUUGAUUUCAGUCACACUGGCGUUCCACCUGCAAUAAAUGGCUGUUUCAGCUCUUUAAUAUCUUCUAGGGUUUCUCAAGACCGCCCUCACUUGGUUCACACACUCUAAUGCAGCCUUAUAGUCACAGCCGCCUCGGCACAGGCCGUUCCACGGCCGCCACCACAACGGCGUCGACGUCUUCCCCUCCGUCCUCGCCUCGGCUCCGUCACUGUCGGAGCAAGUUUAGUCAAGGCACUGGCGGUAGUGAUACCCGGGUGGGAGCAGCCAAGCAGAGCUUACUGGAGAAAGUGGUGGUUGUCUUGAUAACUUCAGUGUUCAAGAGGAGGGGCUUGCUAUUGUUUGCGCCGUUGCUUUAUAUUUCGGGGAUGGUGUUGUAUAUGGGAUCAUUGAGUUUGGACGUUGAUUUGAACAGUGUCGGUGGCGUUGUUGUGCGCAAGCGCACGCCGCCGGGGUCGGUGUACAGGAGUCCACAGGUUUUUGAGAAGUUAUGGCCUUAUAUGGAGGCUGAAAACAAUGGGAGUCGCAAUGCGUUGAUGACAGCAUGGAAUCCCAAACCGAUUCAAUGUUGGAAGCCUUGCAGCAGGAGCAUAACUAAUGAAGGCUUGCCAAAUUCCACUGGUUUCCUCAUAAUUGAAGCAAAUGGGGGGUUGAACCAACAACGAUUAUCGAUAUGUGAUGCAGUUGCUGUGGCAUGGUUGCUAAAUGCAACCCUUGUGAUCCCAAUUUUUCAUUUAAAUAGUGUUUGGCAAGAUUCCAGCAAAUUUGGGGACAUAUUUGAUGAAGAUUUUUUCAUUCAAGCGCUUCAUAAUAAUGUGAAUGUAGUUAGGGAACUUCCAGGAGAAAUACUUGAGCAGUUUGAUAAUAACAUAAGCAGCAUUAUAAAUCUGAGAGUAAAAGGUUGGUCAAGUCCCACCUACUAUCUUGAGAAGGUUCUUCCAAAGAUGAUCAAGAUGAGGGCUGUACGCAUUGCACCCUUCUCAAACAGACUGGCUCAUGAUGUUCCUUCAUAUGUUCAACAGCUUAGAUGCCUAGCCAAUUUUGGAGCUCUGAGGUUUGCAGACCCAAUAAGAACACUUGCUGAGAAAAUGAUUGAACGGAUGAUCAAUAACGGUUCUCAGAGUGGGGGGAAAUAUGUCUCAGUGCAUCUGCGAUUUGAAAUGGACAUGGUUGCAUUUUCGUGCUGUGAAUAUGAUGGUGGAGAUGAAGAGAAACAAGAAAUGGAUGUUGCCCGAGAAAGAGGCUGGAGAGGAAAAUUUAGGAGAAGAGGUAGAGUAAUAAGGCCAGGAGUAAAUCGGAUGGAUGGAAAAUGCCCUUUAACUCCACUGGAGGUUGGGAUGAUGCUAAGGGGCAUGGGAUUUGAUAAUACCACCUCAGUAUACAUUGCAGCAGGAAAAAUUUAUAAUGCGGAGAAGUAUAUGGCUCCUCUUAGACAGAUGUUUCCACGCUUAGAAACCAAGGAUACGCUUGCCACUCCAGAAGAACUUGCUGUGUUUAAGGGCCAUUCAUCUAGAUUGGCUGCACUUGAUUAUACAGUCUGCCUACAUAGUGAAGUAUUUGUUACAACUCAAGGUGGAAACUUCCCCCACUUCUUGAUGGGCCAUAGACGCCAUCUGUAUGGAGGGCAUGCAAAAACAAUAAUGCCUGACAAGAGGAAAUUAGCGCUACUAUUUGAUAGUCCCAAUAUCAGAUGGGAAAACUUCAAGCAACAGAUGCAAGAUAUGCUUCAUCACAGUGAUUCGAAGGGGUUUCAAUUGAAAAAACCCAGUGCAUCACUUUACACAUUUCCCGCACCAGAUUGUAUGUGUAGACAAAUCGAGGGUGGAAAUGAAGACAAUAAUAAUAGUACACAACUCAACUAAAGGAAGAUAAGUAUUAAUUGCUCCUGUAAUUUAUGAUGUAAUUGUGCAUUGAAGCUAAUUCUUUCAUUUAUAGUUGAAGCCAAUUCUUUUGUGGUAAUA